CACCUUUCGUCAAACAAAGCAAAAAAGGCUCACUAAUUUCUCUUCUAAGUUCUCAUUAUUGUUAUAAUUACAAAAAUCUUAAUUAAGCUGAUUUUGAUUUUUUGAAUAUCAACCACCAGCCAUGAGCGUAGAAAUCAUAGACAGCACCACUAUCACUAGUUUCGUGGAAGACGAGGAGGCCUUCUCCGCGUCAGUGAGCGACCUCUUUGCUGAACUGGAUGCGGACAAAGACGGCUUCCUAUCUUACACGGAGAUGGUAAAGGAGCUCCAGAGGCUGAGGGUGAUGGAGACGCCCUUCGGCGUGGACGUGACGCGCGAUCCCGAGGAGGUGGCGCGUGUGUACGAGUCGCUGUUCGUGCAGUUUGACCACGACAUGAAUGGGAGAGUGGAUGGGGAUGAAUUCAAGAAGGAAACAAAGAAGAUGCUUCUGGCCAUGGCGAAUGGGCUUGGAUCGUUGCCGGUUCAGAUGGCACUUGAACAUGAUAGUCUACUCUUGAAGGCUGUCAAACGUGAAUAUUCCUGUGCUGCUGCUUCUACUAAUAAUAAUCUUCUUGCUAAUGCUGCUUAGUUUAAUUAAUUAAAACACUUGUUUUUGUUAUUAUUAUUCAUUACUAAUCUAGCUUAGUGUCUUGUUCUUCUAUUAGGUGUUUUUGUGAUUUCAUUAUUAUUCUUGUUUAAUUUUUGUGCUUCUAAUAGUGCACGUGAC